GAUAAAUUCUCACGGCAUGCCACAAAGGGCUAAGUUGUUCGGCAAGUACUACAAAAACACUAGUGUUCCUAGCUAGAUGCUUCUCAGCUGGAAAAGAAGCACAAACCAUUCAAAUUCUUGCUCAAAAAAUGGCUAACUCUGGGAUUUCAAUAGGUGAUUUCUCAUUGAUUUGUCUGAAGGAUUUUGAUAUCACAUCUCUCUGUUCUCAAAGGAGCUCAAUAGACAUCAUCAAUGUACUUUUUGUCUGUUUCUUGUACACUUCCUUGCUUAUUAGUUUAAUCAGAAGAGUUUCGAGUGGGAGCCACAGAAAAAGCUGGGUUUUCCCUGUUGUCUCAAUCUGUUGUGCUCUCAUUGCCAUUGCUUUCUUCACUAUUGGCUUGUGGAAUAUCAUAGUCAAAACUGGCAACUCCAAAUGGUUAGCUUGCAUUAUCAGAGGAUUUGUUUGGAUUUCUUUCACAGUUUCUCUGCUUGUUCAGAGAUCAAAAUGGAUUGCAAUUUUAACAUCUAUCUGGUGGGCAUCUUCAUGUGUAUUGGUUUCAGCUCUCAACAUUGAAAUUCUGUUCAAAGAUCAUGCCAUUGAAAUUUUUGAUAUCAUAGAGUGGCUUGUGCAUUUCCUUCUUCUAUUCUGUGCCUUCAAGAACCUUGCUUUUUUUGUCACUCAAAGUGACCCUGAAUAUUUAUCUGAGCCACUUUUAUCUCAGAAAUUUGAAACUAAACAAACAGGACUAGCCCAUGCUACCUUCCUCAGCAAGUUUAUUUUCUCUUGGGUUAAUCCUUUACUCAGUUUAGGUUACUCAAAACCUCUAGCUCUUGAAGACAUCCCUUCCCUUGUUUCCGAAGACGAAGCAGACUCUGCCUACCAAAACUUUGUGCAUUCAUGGGAAUCCCUUGUGAGGGAGAGGAGCAAGAACAAUACCAAGAACUUGGUUCUUUGGUCUAUUGUCAGAACUUACUUAAAAGAAAACAUAUUAAUAGCAUUUUAUGCGUUGCUCAGAACCAUUGCUGUAGUAGUUUCACCUCUAAUACUCUUUGCAUUUGUAAACUACUCUAAUAAAACUGAGUCAGAUCUCAAAGAAGGUCUUUCCAUAGUGGGUUUUCUGAUUGUCACCAAGGUGGUUGAGUCUUUGUCCCAGAGACAUUGGUUUUUCAACUCUAGGAGGUCUGGGAUGAAAAUGAGAUCAGCUCUGAUGGUGGCAGUUUAUAAGAAGCAGCUGAAGCUUUCAAGCACAGCAAGGAGAAGGCACUCAACUGGUGAAAUUGUGAAUUACAUCGCGGUUGAUGCCUAUAGAAUGGGAGAGUUUCCAUGGUGGUUUCAUAUAACAUGGGUUUGUGCAUUGCAGCUUGUUGUGUCUGUUGGUGUACUUUUUGGUGUUGUAGGCCUUGGUGCUCUUCCUGGUUUAGUCCCUCUUUUGAUAUGUGGAUUUCUCAAUGUACCGUUUGCGAAGAUCCUACAAAAUUGUCAGUCAAAGUUCAUGAUUGCACAGGAUGAGCGUCUUAGAUCAACAUCAGAAAUUCUAAAUAGUAUGAAAAUCAUUAAAUUACAAUCAUGGGAGGAUAAGUUCAGGAACUUGAUCGAGUCCUUACGCGCUGAGGAGUUCAUAUGGUUGUCUAAGGCACAGAUCCUGAAAGCUUCUGGAUCAUUUCUUUAUUGGAUGUCUCCUACCAUUGUUUCUAGUGUUGUUUUCCUUGGAUGUGCUCUUUUCAAAAGUGCCCCUUUGAAUGCUGAAACCAUUUUCACAGUUCUUGCGACACUCAGGAACUUGGGAGAACCUGUUCGACUGAUUCCGGAGGCUCUAUCUAUUAUGAUCCAAAAUCAGGUCUCCUAUGAUCGUCUCAAUGCGUUUUUGCUUGAUGAAGAGCUAAACAAUGAUGAUAGUGGAAGAAAUAUAAAGCAAUGUUCAGCCAAUGCUGUGGAAAUUCAAGAUGGCAACUUCAUUUGGGAUCAUGAAUCUGUGUCUCCAACUCUAAGAGAUGUGAAUUCAGAAAUCAAAUGGGGACAGAAAAUUGCAAUUUGUGGUCCAGUUGGAGCUGGAAAGUCAUCACUUUUGUAUGCAAUACUUGGAGAGAUUCCUAAGAUUUCAGGAAUUGUUAAUCUAGGAGGCACCCUAGCCUAUGUUUCUCAAACUUCUUGGAUACAAAGUGGGACAGUUCAAGACAAUAUACUCUUUGGCAAGCCAAUGGACAAAACAAGAUAUGAGAAUGCCAUCAAAGUGUGUGCCUUGGAUAAGGAUAUCAAUGAUUUUAGCCAUGGUGAUCUAACAGAAAUAGGUCAGCGAGGGAUUAACAUGAGUGGAGGACAAAAGCAAAGGAUUCAACUCGCGCGAGCAGUCUAUAAUGAUGCUGAUAUCUAUCUCCUAGAUGACCCUUUCAGUGCAGUUGAUGCACACACUUCUGCUAUUCUGUUCAAUGACUGUGUCAUGACUGCUCUAAGAGAGAAAACAGUCAUCCUAGUCACUCAUCAAGUGGAGUUUCUCUCAGAAGUGGAUACAAUCUUGGUAAUGGAAGGUGGAAAAGUUAUUCAAUCAGGUAGUUAUGAGAAUCUCCUGAAAGCUGGGACAGCCUUUGAAAAACUUGUGACCGCCCAUAAAGACGCAAUCACAGAGUUGAAUCAAGACAAUGGAAAUAAAGGAGGUUCUGAAAAUGAGGUUAUGGCUCAUCCAAAAGAUUCCCAUGGCAUUUACCUGACUAAAAAUCAAAGUGAGGGGGAGAUUUCUACAAAGGGUCAACUCGGGCCACAGCUUACAGAAGAAGAAGGAAAAGAGAUUGGUGAUGUUGGCUGGAUGCCAUUCUGGGAUUAUAUUACUUUUUCCAAGGGGACACUCAUGCUGUGCUUCAUCAUGUUAGCACAAGCUGCUUUUAUUGUUUUCCAGAGUGCAUCAAGUUUUUGGCUUGCUAUAGCCAUUGAUAUUCCAAAAGUAACCAGUGCCAUCUUGAUUGGAGUUUACACAUUAAUUUCAUUUUCUAGUGUUGGGUUUAUAUAUUUAAGGUCUAUCUGGACCGCAUAUCUUGGAUUAAAAGCUUCUAAAAACUUCUUCUCAAGUUUCACUACAGCUAUCUUCAAUGCUCCUAUGCUGUUCUUUGACUCAACCCCUAUAGGAAGGAUUCUAACCCGAGCUUCAUCAGAUUUGAGCAUUUUGGACUUUGAUAUUCCUUAUGCCAUCACUUUUGUAGCAUCUGUAAUAAUUGAAAUUCUGGUGACAAUUGGUAUAAUGGCUUCAGUCACAUGGCAAGUUCUCAUUGUUGCUGUUCCUGCAAUGGUCGCAUCAAAGUUUGUUCAGGGAUAUUAUCAAGCCUCUGCAAGGGAACUAAUAAGGAUCAAUGGAACAACAAAAGCUCCAGUGAUGAAUUUUGCAACUGAGACUUCCCUUGGAGUGGUUACUGUAAGAGCAUUCAACAUGGUAGACAGAUUUUUCAGAAACUACUUAAAACUUGUCGACACAGAUGCAACACUGUUCCUCCAUUCUAAUGUGGCCAUGGAAUGGUUAGCUUUAAGGAUUGAAGUGCUUCAAAAUUUGACAGUCAUCACUGCUGCUUUGUUACUUAUUCUUGCUCCUCAAGGAUACGUGUCGCCAGGCCUUGUAGGGCUCUCUCUUUCUUAUGCUUUCUCAUUGACAGGAUCCCAAAUAUUUUGGACUAGAUGGUUUUGCAACUUAUCAAACUAUCUAAUCUCUGUUGAAAGAAUCAAGCAAUUCAUUCACAUACCAGCAGAGCCUCCUGCCAUUGUGGAGGAUAACCGGCCUCCAUCUUCAUGGCCUUCCAAGGGCAGGAUUGAUCUUCAAGCCUUAGAGAUUAGAUAUCGUCCAAAUGCUCCAUUAGUCCUCAAGGGUAUCACUUGUACGUUUAAAGAAGGGAGCAGAGUUGGAGUUGUAGGAAGGACUGGAAGUGGAAAAAGCACACUUAUCAGUGCUUUGUUUCGCUUAGUUGAGCCUUCAAGAGGUACUAUUCUCAUAGAUGAGAUUAACAUAUGCUCAAUGGGGUUGAAGGAUUUGAGAACCAAUCUUAGCAUCAUCCCUCAAGAACCAACUCUUUUCAAGGGCAGCAUUAGAACCAACUUGGACCCUCUAGGUCUGUACACUGAUGACCAAAUAUGGAAGGCUUUGGAGAAAUGUCAGCUUAAGGGAACAAUCAGCAAUCUACCAAGUCUCUUGGACUCUUCAGUGAGUGAUGAAGGGGGAAAUUGGAGCUUGGGACAGCGCCAAUUGUUUUGUCUUGGAAGAGUACUUCUUAAGAGGAACAGAAUUCUUGUUCUGGAUGAAGCUACCGCCUCCAUUGACGCUGCCACAGAUGCCAUUCUUCAGCAAGUAAUUAGACAAGAGUUUGCAGAAUGCACAGUUAUAACUGUGGCUCAUAGAGUUCCAACUGUAAUAGACAGUGACAUGGUCAUGGUCCUGUCCUAUGGGAAAAUGUUGGAAUAUGAUGAGCCUUCUAAGCUAAUGGAUACCAACUCUUCAUUCUCUAAGCUGGUAGCUGAAUAUUGGUCCAGCUGCAGGAGGAAUUCCUCUCCAAAUAUUGGCAGGCAGCAAUAAUGAAUAAUGACAUUGUGGUAGAGGAAGAUCACAAAAUAAAUUGGAGGAAAGUGAUUGAGAUACCAUUUAGUUGGAUUUGGCUCCGAUAAACUGAGAGAAUCACUUUUAAGGUGAAAUAAGUCAUCACUCGUCACAUUAUUUGAUUGGAAAAUUAACAAUUGUAAUUAUGAUGACAUACUUGCAUAUAUAUAAUAAACUAAGAUGUUAGGACCCAUACCCCCCUGCAAUAACCACAAAAAUAAAAUAAACUAGUGCAAUCUUAUAUAUCUCAAUUAUUGAUUUCUUAA